UCCGUAUGGAAAGACCAUUUUCGGUGAAGUGUCAACCUCCGUCAGUCUUCAACCACUUGGUGGUUACCGCUGACAUCCACCCAUAUCUAGACACCCGUGGUAUUUUUGUGGGAAGAAAAUCCAGUUGGUGUGGGUGUGUAUGACGGGCGCUCGGACAAAACUCGCUGACCAGGGUAUGGAGUUAAAUGUCCCUGAAAAACGAGAUGGUCCCACGGCGAGCCUUGUGGCUGAUCAAAACCUAUUGGACUAUCCCAAGAUGUCUACACCUUCGUCUAGCAUACUUGCCUCGACAGUGGAUAAGACCAGUGAAGGUGGAAAGUUUGGCCCAUCUUGCUUUACUCCAAGCUGGCUGCAGCUCUUCAAUACUCCGAAAUGGUUCUUGUUCUUCCUAUGCCUCUUCGUGAUGUGCCAGAGUAUGACUGUUAGCGGUAUGAACGGUGUUGUUAUACCAACUGUGGAAAAGCGAUAUCAGUUGUCAAGUGAACGCUCAGGCUUCAUAACCAGCGCUUACGAAAUCGGUGUUGCGCUCUUCAUCCUGCCUGUCAGCUAUUUUGGAGAGCGUGCGCAUAAGCCGCGUUGGCUCGGCAUUGGUUGCCUGCUGCAGGGAAUAGGUGCUAUGAUGUUUGCCCUGCCUCAGUUCAUUGGUGGCAAGUAUGUUGCCGAUCAUGUUCAGGACAUGGAGUCCUGUGCUGCUGGCGUCAAUCAUAGCCUGUACGCGUCAGAGUGCAGUACAGGUGUGCCGGCUGCAUACACUCUGCUUGUGUUGGGACAGUGUCUGAUUGGCGUGGGUGUACUGCCACUCUAUACUGUCGGCAUUACAUUCCUGGAUGAGAUAGCCGGUCCUGACACAGUGCAUUACUUCAUUGGCAUCUUCUACACGUUUGCUGCAAUAGGGCCAGCUAUCGGCUAUCUGCUCGGCUCCGUGUUUCUGUCACAGUACGUUGACCUUAGCGUUACGGAUCAUCCUGAUCCAGAUGACCCAAACUUUGUCGGUCGAUGGUGGGCAGGUUAUGUACUGGCUUGGAUCGCUUUGACUGUACUCAGCCUACCAUUGCUCAUGUAUCCACAGCAGCUACCUAAUACGGCUUGGAUUAUGGAAGAGAAAAGGAAGACGCAGUUAGGUACCGGCAAGUCAUCCGGCUCUGGUCAUCCGGAGUUUGGCCGGACGCGCGCCAAUGACACUAAGGAGACUGGAUUUGUUGCGCAAGUCAACUAUCUAAUUGGCGAGAUGUGGGUGAUGUUGAAAGCAAUCACUGCGCUUGUCCUGUCACCCGUCCUGCUCACCAAUACACUGGGUGAUUCAACAGAGAGUUUUGCCGUGUCUGGGAUCAUUCCAUUCAUCACAAAGUACUUUACUUCGCAGUUUGGCGUCACAGCAUCCACAGCGUCGGCUCUGACUGGUGCUGCCAGUGUUGUUGGUGCAGCAGGGGGUAUCUUGUUCAGCAGCUGGCUCAUGAAAUAUCGCAAAGUGACCGGGCCGCGUCUGGCGAAGUACACGGCAGGAAUUGCGCUGGUCGCCGUUUUCUUUGUGCCUGCCUUCCUUGUGCGAUGUGAUUCGGUUCCAAUCGUGGGUGUGACUCGACCCUAUCCAGGAAACUCGGUGUCUGGUGCGAAUCGCUGCAAUUUGAACUACACGCAUAGCUGCGUGAGUAGCUGUGGCUGUGUGUCUGAGCGCUAUGAUCCAGUGUGUGGUAACGAUGGCUUCACCUAUCCAACACCGUGUCUCGCUGGCUGCCAGGCCUUCCGUAAUGCCACGUCGGGCAAAACGAGUGAGAGGACUUACGUGAAUUGCAGCUGCAUUGCACUUAACCUGGAUAGCAGCACUGGCGGAGGAGGUGGAUACUCGGCAGUGAACGGCACAGCGUCACUGGGCACGUGCAAGAUCUCGUGUAGCCGGUUGCCAUUGUUUGUUGUACUGCUCUCUGGUCUCAUGUUCUUCACGUUCAUGAACAAUGUACCGUCCAUAGAAGUCAUGCUGCAAUGUGUACCUGCAGAUCGGCGCACACUAGCAACGGGUGUCCAGUGGCUGAUUAUACGCAUUAUUGGUAAUGUACCAGGGCCGGUAUUCUAUGGCUACUUGCUGGACAAGGGAUGUCGGCUGUGGCACCUGAACUGUUGUACGGAGGGUAAUUGCUGGGAAUAUGAUAACGUACACAUGAGCAAUUCCAUGUUUGCGGCCAGCAUGGGCUGCAAAGUCUUAUCGUUUGGCGCCUUCUUCCUGUCAUGGCGCCUCUUUGUUAGAGACAAAAACUGGCUUGGCCAUGCGAAAAACCAGAAAAGUACAUUUGGAAGCACGAGUGAUUGAAGUACGUGAAGGAAAUCGUUUUCACUCCGGUGUCGGAGCUACUCAACACUAUUACGUCUUGUAGAAUUCUCUUCAGUCCAGAAGCUAUCAACGGACUCGUUUUGUCUUCAUGGCCUUUCCCUCUCUAUUCGAGUACUAUUUUUAUAUUGGCUUUCUAUCUCCCUUUUCUUUCCCUGAAAUUGGAUUUGAUAUGUCUAUUUUUCAUACUAAAGCAAUAAAUAAAACUGACUCCGCCAUCAUCACCAUGCAUCAACGAAGUCAAAUGCUUUCCAGGAUAGAUUUUCGUGCCACUAUCGUGAGUGGAAUAUUGUGACUGAAGUGAAGGCAAGCCAAGCAAAAACAAUGAAGAAGUAUGCAUUCCAAAUGUGAUAAAACUUACCGGCAAGCAACACAAAUGGUAGGUAGGUGGCACAAAAGAGGGUGAGACAACGAGAAUCUGAAAACUGUGAAGGCUCUUUUGUGCCACCUACCAUUUGUGUUGCUUGCUUGUAAGUUUUAUCACAUUUUGGAAUGCAUACUUAAUCACUGUUUUUUGUUUGGCUUGCCUUCACUUCAGUCACGAUAUUACACUGACGAUAGUAACAUGAAAAUCGAUCCUGGAAAACAUUUGACUUUGUUGAUGCAUGGCGGUGACGGCAGAGUUAGUUUUAUUUAUUGCUUUAUAAAUAUUGUUUAUAUCCAUGUCGUUUAUUCAUAUUUUUUAUACUGCAGGAAUUUAUUUAUUUUCGAUUAAACUUACCUCAACAGCUAGGCUGGUUUUUACCGUGCAUGUCUAGGUGUAACACAGACACGUUUCACAACAUACCCAUCAUCUCACAUCUCACAUCUCACAUUCUACAUUAUGAUAAUGCCGGCCAAGUGCUGUUAUCACUCAGGCUGUGUUUACAUGA